AUGGCUGGUGGAGAUUACACUAUGAACGAGGGAAAGGUAAAAUAUAGUCCCCCAUCCGAUGACAAUGCAUCUCAAACUCCUGAGAGAGCAGGGUGGGGAAGUCCCCUGGAAUUCAUAUUAGCGUGCCUUGGAUACGCCGUGGGAUUGGGAAACGUGUGGCGAUUUCCCUAUUUGUGCUACAGAAAUGGUGGAGGUGCAUUUCUGAUCCCUUUCUUCAUAAUGUUGAUAGUAAUAGGUCUACCAAUAUUCUACUUGGAACUUUAUAUUGGGCAAUACACCGCACUCGGUCCCCUCAAAGCAUUUAGUUCUAUUGCUCCGUUCUUUAGUGGUUUGGGAUACUGCACGUUGGUUGUGAUCAGUUUGAUUUCUGUGUAUUACAUGAUCAUCGUGGCUUGGACUAUAUUCUAUACUUUUAUAUCCAUUGGCGGGGACUUGGCUUGGGGAUCAUGUGAGAAUGAUUUUAACACUGACUUCUGUUACAGCGGUUCCUACGACAAAAAUUGCAGGGAAAACAACACAGGCGCAGCAACCGAUCUCACAUACUACAUGCGUCGCUGCAUGAGCAUCGGGGAUAUAUGCAAACUGACAGGGCUUCAACCCUACGAUGGGAAAAACUGUUGGAACGGAACGCAAACUAUCCCGUGGUUCAACAAUGUCAAUAGAGUUUUGGCAUCAGAGGAGUACUAUAAUGAACGAGUUCUGGGCAGAGGUGAGGCGACAUGGGAAAAUUGGGGCUCAAUGCAAUGGCAUCUAGUAGGCUGCCUUUUCUUCUGUUGGCUGGUCGCCUUCUUGUGUGUUAUCAAGGGUGUGCAAUCGGCCGGGAAGGUGGUGUACUUCACAGCUCUGUUUCCAUACGUCAUGUUGACCGCUUUACUCAUUAGAGGAGUAACAUUAGAGGGCGCUGGCGACGGUGUCUUGUUUUACCUGUUGCCUGAUUGGGAGAUCUUAUUGACUGCAAGAGUUUGGGGUGACGCAGCUUCUCAAAUCUUCUACUCCUUCGGUGUUGCUUGCGGGUCUCUCAUAACCUUGGCCUCAUACAACAAUUUUCGCAACAACUGUCAGUUCGACGCGAUAUUCGUCUGCCUCAUGAACUUCGGGACAUCCAUAUAUGCUGGGUUCGCGAUAUUCUCCGUACUAGGCUUCCAAGCUCAAAUGAUGGGAGUCAGCGUACAUGAUGUGGCUGAACAAGGUCCAGGGCUGGCAUUCGUGGCUUAUCCGGAAGCGUUGCUCCAAAUGCCUAUUCCACAAUUUUGGUCGAUCAUGUUCUUCUUCAUGCUAUUCAUACUGGGUCUCGGCUGUCAGUUCGCUGGUAUUGAGGCAAUCAAUACUGCCAUUGUGGACCAGUGGCCUCAGUUGAGGAAAAGGUACUGGAUGGUGACGGCUGGUACCUGUUUCACAUGUUUCCUUCUGGGACUACCGAUGUGCUUCAGUGGUGGUGUGUUACUAUUCACGCUGCUAGAUAUAAACACCGCCUCCUGGGCUAUAUUGUUGAUCGGCAUGGCUGAGUGUACCGCAGUGUCCUGGAGUUAUGGCAUCAACCGUGCUAUUAGCGAUUUGGCGUCCAUGAACAUGAAACUUGGUGUUGUGAUGCGAACGUAUUGGAAAGCUACGUGGACAGUCACUGUACCUGUUGCUAGUAUUAGUGUCCUAGUAUUUGUGUUUGCAAACUGGACGUCGCCGGCCUACGAGGAUUAUGUCUUCCCCUUGUUUGCUGAACUACUGGGAUGGGCUAUCGGAUUGUCGACACUUGUGUUUUUCCCCAUUGGCGUAUGCUGGGCCCUUUACCAUGGUUAUAGAGGGAAAGAACUGUUCACCCCAACAUCGCUAUGGAAGCCAGCUGUCAAGACUACCGAUCCUAAUCCUGAACUCUCCAACCAAAACUCUACACGAGCAGAAUACGAUAAUAUUGCUUACAUAUCUUAA